ACGUUUUAUAACGUGUACAGAGUUGCGCGCGCAUUCGUUUUUAUAAUUUCAGACUAUGUAAGUUAAAUGCCGCGUUUGUAUAUCAUAUGGUCUCUUGUGUUGGGCGUCAUCGAGACUUGCUUAUUUACAUUCUGUGAAGGACAACAGUAUGAAAUUAUGCCGCAUUAUAUAAAAAAAUCACAGACCCGGCCACAAAAAUAUAAUCAAAAUAGAAAUCAAGAAAUGUACAAACUCCGUAGUGCCAGAAAAAGUGACAUAUUUGAUUACAAUUAUGAAGAUUGGGAAGAUAAAAAACCGGAUUAUUAUAAUUUCUUCAUGAACACAUCUGAUGCGAUGAACACACAGACACAAACAACACAAACAGCUAACACACUCACAACAACACAACACACCUCAAGUGAUAUAACUUCGCCAACUGAAGACAACAAACCAACUGAGACAGUACACAACACGACACUUGCAAAAAAGACAGAAACGCAACCUGAAACGGAAGUUACGUUCAGUGCUGUAACUACUCUUAGUUCAACUCCUUCCACUUCACAGAUACCAGAAUUUCCAGACCUCACUGAAGAUAUAUUCCAACCAACAACAAUGAGUGUACCAACAACAACGAAACCCGUGAGAAAUCCUAUUGUUAAUGAAAUCAUUCAAGUACAAAGAGAAACCCGUGGGGGUUAUUUCACGUCGGGUUUGAUCGUUUCGUUGAAAAAAAUAACCGAAAAGAAAUCUGAAGACCUAGAACCGCUCCUGACUGGGCUGCACAACGAAGUCUUAAGACUUAACAGUAAAGAAGAGCUGAUGAUGUUUGGAUAUGUAGUUUCAGAAACCCUCACUUCGAUGGUACAACUCGCGAGUACAUUCCCCGGAGACAUUAUAAAAUCAGAAGCCACAAAUGGAAUGAGUGUUCUUCUAAAUCGAAGAGAGGAACUGUCGCCAGACUGGAAUGCUAUCAUGGACGUAGCUGAUGCGAUAUUCAUCGAAGAUGAUUUGCGUAACGUAGCGAAUUUCCUAAGAGACGUCCAAAAGUACCCGAACACUACCAAAGCAGCUAUCGAUAUAGCCCAUGAUGCGAUUAGGGCGUUGAUUAUCAUACCGUAUGAGAGAAUAGAAGGGACGGGUAAAGAGAAAUUAUUAAUACAGGAAAUAAAGAAUGCUGUCAAGCACAGGGUGUACGAAGACAAGGAUAUUGGCCGACGACAGGUUGGCGGCGCAGCUGAAGAACGGAAACUAUCAACAAAAAAAUACACGAAGGAAGUAGAAAAAUUCAUUUUCCGAACAAAAACCACCACCCAACCAACAUCAUCCACUGUGUACACGGAGUAUGUGAGAAACGCGACGAUAAUAUCAAGACUGAAGCGCAAAAUGAGAUUGUACAAGGAGAAGUUCAGAUUGAUCAAUAAGAAGGAAAGAGGAUCGAGCAGAAGAGGACCAACGACCACCAAAACAACAACGACAUCCGCACCACCGAUGCACAAAAGCAAUUACUACAUACGAAAAUACGUUAAAAAAGACCUUUAUAAAAUGACAACAACGACGAAAAAAACGACAGUAUACAAAAUCAGAUACUACGGUAAAAUAAGAAAGUUCAAUAUUAAUAGCGAUACGCAAAGUGGUUUUACAAAUAAAGAUAUACAUUACGGAAGCGAUAUCGAAGGAUACUAUUCGGAUACUGAAUAUAACAACGAUAAUAUACAAACAGACGUGAGCUCAGAAACGGAACAAUCUAAGCACAGGCAAGACUUUGAAACGGACAAUGUAGCUCAAAUGAAACCACUGUUUGAAGAUUCUAAUAAGAAAAUUGAUAAUAGACUCUAUACAAGAACUGACCCCACCACUAUUCUAGAUGUCAGUAAUGUGAAUACUGAUAAGUAUUUAAAGACUAAAAUUAAUAAACUAACAAAUUCAGAAACAGAUGUCGCUGAUGAGGAUUAUUUAAAAGCUAACAUUAAUAACGCAAUGUUUCAUAAAGGUAACCUCAAAACUAUAAACAACAAGAGAAGGUUCCUUACGGAUGUGAAAGAUAUAUAUGAUAGUGAUAUUGAUUACGAAGUUGAACUCAAAAGAAAUAUAUAUAAAGUGAUGAUUAAUCCUAAAUUGUGAAAUAAAAUUGUAUUUAUCAU